AUGGCAGCAUCUUCAGGGCAGGUGUCCUUCAAAGGCCCCGAUGUCCAGCAGAUAGACGUGCCCACACAGACAGGAUCCCUGGGCAUCCUGGCCGCCCCGUGCCUCCCUGCAGUUCCCGCGGGUCUAGUGGUUGUGAGUGUGCUAAGGACAGCACCACCCCCCCAAAACACCCUGAUCACCAGCGAGGUGAAUGCAGAUUCCUCCGUGCAGCUGCUGGCUGAAGAGGCAGUGACUUCUCACGGGCUGAGCUUGGGGACAGCCAACGUGGACUUGGAGAAUGUCCAGUCUGAACUGGUGGGGGCCAUGGAAGCGGCCUCAAGAGUGGAUAUCCAAAUCCGCAUGGAAGCCAGCAUGGCCUGGUGA